GUUUUCUUGCAGAACCAUCCUACUAUGACUUCCCUUCCUCCUCUUCCUGAGGAUGGAGAAGUCGAAGAACGGGGCAUCGUUGCCGAAGAUACCCCAGGUUCUUCUAUUCCUGAAAGUGAAGUCGCGGGUUCCCACAAAUCUGCGGCUUCCCAUGAAAAGGAAGUUGAAUCUGAGGCCAGUGAAUCGACGCAAUCCCUUCCUCCUGCAGUUUCCCCAAAGAACAAAAGGAAAAGGCAUGAUGCCGAGGAUUCUGGCACUUCUAAGGCUGAAGAAGCUGGUCCUUCUAAUCCGAAGGCAGCUUACGAUCCUUAUGUUGAAUCCCUCAUCAGCUCUGAUGAGGAGGAAGAAGUACCAGUUACUGACGUGGCUCCUCGAACAAGCACGUCACGUACUGUACUUGCCUCAGACACACUAGUUGAAGGAGAAGAAACGUCGCCUCCUCAACAAGACGUCGUCACCACUACUCCGCCAUCAAGCCCCCGAGUCCCUUCACCAAAAAGGGCAAGGGUUGAAAAGAUUGUUGAUCCUGCCCCUCAGUUGGGCAGUUCGUCGACUCUGCUCUUAGAUGAUCCUAUGAUCAAGGAUCUUCUCCGCAUCGGGUCCCAAUUUAUUGGGUACCGUGAAUAUGCCGCCAGAGCCGAAGAAAAACUCUCAGAGGCCAACGAACGUGUCGACGCACUUGCUCAAAAACUCGAGCAAAGUGAGGCGGCUCGCAAGAAAGCUGAACUUGCUGCUAGCAAAGCCAAGGCCGAGGUUGAUGAAGCCAAGGUGAAAGCUGCUAGUGUCGAGGAACUGCAGAGAAGGCUCAAAGAUGCCGAAUCUGCCUUAGAUGAGCAGAAAACUGCACAAACUGUGCGUGAACAAGAGAUCAUCAAGCGUCUGAAGUCGCAAAGUCGGCGUACGCUGAGUAAUAUCAUCAACCCCUUCUAUUGUACUUCCUGUUUCUUGGUUUUUGACUAAUGGUUUGUCUUGUGUGGCAGCCCAAACAAACCAAGAUUUUGAUCUGGAGAAUCCCGUCAAUGACCCUCUCCUUGAUGCACUUUCUCUUCUGGAGUUCCAUGGGCGCGAAAUUCGUGAAGGCGUGGCCAAUGCCAAUGCGAGUUUGUCGGCGUUGUUCCCCUUCUUCUUCCCGAAGAAAGAGGAACCUUCAACUUUCCUUGCCCUUGCCAAGCUUUUCAAUUCGUCGGAAGACCUGGGAUUGAAGAUGCGUCAGGAGAAUAUGAAGGUUGCUGUCGAGAGUACUGUUGCCCUGGUUGCUGACAGCCAACAGACGCUUGAUUGGAUGAAGGUUGGCGACACCAGCCAGAUAGAGCAUUCGAGAUGGAGGUCGCUGAUCAAGGCAGCCAAGCCCAACACGAAGAAGAUCUUGGCGUAUCUGGGGAUCAAGCCAGCUUCGACUCCUAGCUCCUCGAGGCCGGA